AUGCACACUACAGAAGACUCUGGCGUUGCGCUUACCUCUGGCGCCAACUGGGGCCCCUCCUGCCGACUCCCUUUCGCUCCCGCUGCCCUCCUCACGGCCCCGGACGACUCGCCCCGGCCUGCUCAAUUCUUUUCAACGCGCUCGAACGAAGACACUAGGCGGCAACGCGGACGAUACACUCGCCAUUGUAGCUGGUGGAGCUCUGGGCGCAACUUCUGCCACCGCGCGCCAUCGCGACGGUGGAUCGGCGGGAAAAUGGACACGCGCAAGGCGCCACACUCUGUCGUCCUUCGUGUGGCCUUGCGCAACGAUCUGCUGGUUGGAUCUGGGCUGGCGCCAGGCGCGACGCUGGCCAAAUCUUGGCCAUUUCGGCGGAUGUCUCGACGCGUUUCGGCGGUCUGCAUCGGCCGCGCUCGCUGUCGACAGGGCUCUGCACAAGAUCGGCAGAGCGCACGUGGGCGUCUAGCCGCUGAAGUUUUCAAGACAAGCGGGCCAACGGCUGGCCCUGCGCUCGCCGAUCUCUGCUGUGCGAAACUCGGGGCCGGUCGGCCGCGUUCUCACGCCGAGUUUCACGCGGGACGACUGCGCGCUUGGGUCAGCGCUGCCCGGCCAGGACUUUCCGCGGCCAGUGACGUUCUCGGCCGUCUCUGGGCCGCUGCCCUCGAACGAAAAAGCAUUCUGGUCCUCCAGGGGCGGCGUACACGUCAAGAGAGACUCGCGAGACACAUCCUAGAUGCUCUCGAUCCGUCUCGGCGGGCUAUGUACUCCGCGUUCGCUGUUGACCGCGUUGUGCACACGAUCGACAGCGUUAGCUUGCUUCUUCAACUUCUCAAAGUUCGGAAGCGAACAGGCCAGCGGCUGGCCCUCCGCUCGCCGAUCUCCGUUGCGCGAAACUCGAGCCUAGCGAGCCGAGUCCUCGCUCGUUCGGCCUGGCGCUUUCAGGCCACUGUCUGGGUCUGCGCGGUCCUCCCGCUGUCUUCCGAGGCCAGGGGCGUUCCGGCCCGCAUCGCGGCCGUUGGGCGGGGAAACUUGCGCCCGGACAGCGAGCAUACGCCCGCCCAUCUUCUGGGAAUCGCAAGCGGAACGACGCCCUCGUCUUGCCGCAGCGCCGAACAGCCAGCUCUCGCACAAGUCAAGCCCGACGUGCCCUGCGCGUUCUGCUUGCAAACAGCCGCCAUUAGUACGCGCUUAUUGCCGCGGGAGGUGUGGCUGUGUCGUCUCAUUGUAGGUGUUUUCAGAUACUACCCUCACUGCUCAGUGCUCAACCGUCAAUUUGCAGCCCGCAAAUUCAGUAUCGCGAGCUGGGUCACAGCGCUGUCGUCAAAGCCAAUCCCCGAAGUACUUCCUUUACCGCGGCCCUUGACGAAGCUGGCACGGUGGCGAUACUGCCGGGCUGGCUCCGAGUCGUAG